AUAGGAUUCGCAGUUUAGGCUGUCAAUGUUACAGACAGGGACUCUGACAGUAGCACGCGUCACGCGUGGCACACGGCGAUGAAUGCUCGACAAGAACGGGUCACAGUGCGUGUUACUUAUGUCGACUUUCUUACCUCAGUGUCGGGCACGCCGCCAAACAGUGCACUCUUUUCUUCCAAGUAUUAUAUAUAGCCUGUUACAUCGUCUUAUAUAAAUAAAAAGUAUGUUUUUAUACGUGGAAGUAGGAAGAGUUUUAAAACUUUUUACAACGGUAAUAAAUGUUCUUCUUAUCAAGAGUUAUAGUGCGAUGAUAAUUAUCUGGAGUGAUUAGUUUAAAGUUAUUACAGUGAUGGAAUUGUGGUAGCAACGUUUGUAAAACUCUAAUGAAGUGUGUAAUAGUCAUCAGGAGAAUUUGUAUAAAUUUAAUUCGCGAAUUCCGUUCUCAAGAUAAAAUCGAUCGAGAUCUAACGUGGAACUCAAUGUGUAGGACAGACACUGUUUUAUCCGUUUUUCGAAACUGGGUAGAGACGUGUUUCACAGUUUUCUUCGCCGUCCAGCGAUUCGUUAUUAUCACGGGGAGUGUUACGUGGAGAUAGCGAAAAAGCGCGCGUCGAGCUCCAGGAUCUUGACGAAUGGCCACGGUAGGUUUCCGCGCUGAUUUAACGCGACCAGCCGUGCAGACAGUUUUGAGAACUUUUGUUUUUCCGUUGGGACGGAGAUUUAUACGCUUCGCCGAGGAAAAUUGGACGCCGAGGAAAUGAACGGAACGAGAAAAGAGGAUUACGCGUCGUGGAAACGAUUAGAAUGGCAAGGAAAUAGUGUCGGAAAUAUUUGAAAGCAUGCGUUUGUGGAAAAUGAAAUGGUUGCACGUGACAGCGAAGAAACGGCAGAGAAUGUUGGUCGACAGCGGCUGACCGAUUGGAUUUGACUUACAAUUAGACGACCGAUUAAAUCGAUCUGUGCCUUCGGAAUUUUUGUAACAAAAUUUAUUUCACGAGGAAUGGUUGUGACUAGAAAAAGUCGACUGGCAAAGAUUGUUUAUUCGGAAUAUACAAGAAUUUGAAAAUAUAUUUUUGAAAAUAAAUUUUUACCGAGGACGUAGAAUAAUAAAUUAUUUAUAUAAGAUAGAGAAAGUAUUUGUGAGAAAAUACUUUUGUAAAAGGACUUAGAAUUUAAUACAUAUCGAAAAUAUGACUGGUACCAUGUAACUUCGCACAGUCUAUAAACUGGUCUUGAGAUUAUUUAAAGAGAUAUAGAAGAGUAGGUACUAAUUCGAAAACAGUGGAUACGAGGUAGGAAUCGUUCUAACAUAAUCGGUACCGACACCUACGCGUUCCUGAAAUAAAACUGUAACGAAACUGCUCGUUCUUAAAUCCUAUCACGUAUUAACCCGACAAGCGAAAUUGGUCGAAAUUACGCGAAACUAUUUUCUCUUCAGAAAUACCUCGAACAAGUACGGCCGCUUGGUAAAUAUACAAUCUUCUCCAUCAGGAGGAAUUUUUCUUUGAACGGUAGACAUCGUUCUAAAUUUAAAAAAAGGAAGAAGAAGAAGAAGAACCAGGCAGAGUUUCGAGUCGAUAGAGAAAACGUGCGAGAGAAGCUCGCGGUAAAAAAAUCGAACUAGUGCUCCCGAUACUAUUCUAAUCCGUUUGUCCUUGGUCGUCGAACGCCCGCCGUUGGUCGUCUACAGUUUAGACAGCCUGGAACUUGGCCGUGGCCGAUUGAACGGUUUGCUGUUCACCGGAGUCUCCUCUCGUUACGGAUCAACAAGCCUGAAGAUAUCGGAAUUGAAGAAGCGGCCGCGAAUUUUAUUGGACGUAUGAACCGUAUUGUACCUCUACUUCAGUCUUCCGAAGAUUAUCCGGUUAAUUGUUAGCGGCCGCAUUCCCGUGCGAAUCCUUUGAAAAUUCCACGCAUUACGUAUGAUAGACGAGACAGUUUCAUUGAUUUAUGCUCACGGCUUUUGAAAAUUCAACCUGCUUUGUGUCAAACGCGUUCCCACACCCGUUACGCUCGAAACGCUGUUCGUAGGAACGAGAACAGGACCGAGGAUCGUCGAACCCGGAGCGUAAAGUGGUCCUCGAGUGUCCGAGCCCACAAAAGAGCCGCUGGCCAUAACCAGAAGCAGAGGCAGAAAUAAGAAACAGAGGAAAAUUGGUAGCACGUUAUCGGUACACUCGACGCCGACGUGCACUCGAGCUCGAGGAGGCUAAUUUUGAAGAUUAUCUCGAGAGUAGAGUCUCCAUCGACGUCUGUGAUGAUCAACGAGCAUGGCGCCAGGAGCAACGACCCUGACGAGCCUUCUGUUGCUGCUGGUGGCGAUCCCGAGGUGCUCGUCGGCCGUCCUUACGAGCACACAAUCGCCGUUCACGAAGAUUCUGAAGGGUGUCAGGCUACCGAGCGGUUACAUGGAGAUAGUCCAGGAGGAUCACUGUUCUCAUCACGUCGUACGACUCACCUGCAGAUCUCUGAAGGCGUUCAUCUUCGUCCUGGAAGCAAACUACAUGUCGAACCUGACCAAUGUCUGUGGUUACGACGUCCAGAAAUUGAUGGAGAAGAAAACGUAUCCGUACAAAAGAGGUAGCAGUUCAUUGAUCAGGAAGAAGGAACUUAAGGGCAAUUACAUCGACGAUUCCGAAGUGGAUGAACGACUCAGACCGGUGGACAUUAGGCAGUCGUUGAAUAGAAGGUGUUCCGGACAGAAGCAUUGCCGUUACGACUUUCCUACCGACCAUCCGGGAGCCGCUUAUUGGAACCCGGCUACUCUGCGGCUGAAAUACGCUUGUAUUCCUGAGGCCGCCGUGAGGAAAUAUUGCAACGAGGAAGUGAAGGUGGUCCCAGGGGAGGGCGGUUUCAUAAAUUCGCCAGGCUACCCGCUCUACUACCUCGGCGAGAAUACGUGCGGAUGGACCUUCAGAUCGGCCCCUGGGCACAGGAUUGUCCUGACGUUCCACGACCUGGAUAUCCGGGCCCCGGAAGCGGACGGAAGCUGCGUGGACAUAGUGAGAGUGCGAGAAAGAGGACGAACCCUGUUCGAAUAUUGCGGGACCGCGGCCGGUGCCAAGGUCGUGUCGGACUCGAACGUGAUCACCCUCGACCUUGUCGCGACGAAGAGGCUAUACACGGCACGAGGAUUCUUCUUACAGCAUCAAGUGUUGGGUUGUCCGGAAGUCUCAGCGCCAAACGGAAGUUACGUAUUGAAUGGCACUCUGACCUCGAGGACGUUCCUGUGUAAAUCGGGUACGAUAUUCCCUGACAGCAAAGAAAGGACGAGGAUACUUGAAUGCGAAAAUGGCAAGUGGAACGAGAGCGUCGUCGCUAUACCGAGUUGCACAGGUAACCACCAUGUCCUUUUUAUCAACACAAUCUCCUUCUCGUCUUGUGCAUACAACGUAUCGUUGACACAGAAAAUUAACGUGGUACUGGCUGCUAGCUAGAUAAAAGGGUUUCACCGAGUGUAGCCUUAAAACAUAGUCAGUGGUUUAGUUAUUUUAUAAUUAUCUCUGAUAUUUAUUAUUGGAGUGAAUGUUAAACAGAAUUUCUGAGUGGGCGUUGCGUCCUAGUAAUGAAUUGCGAAACUGUUCACUUUGUGGACGAAAUAGAACACAUUUGGGUGAAGUAUUUUGGGCGAAGAUGUCAAUUCGCAUUUGAGAUGGCAGAUUUAUUACUUUAUCCAUAAUGCAAACGGAUGGAAAGAGCGAACUAGAAUUCCCAUGAAUAAUCUGUAUAAUAAAUUAAAUAUUAAAAUUAAUCCAAGGAUGAGGUAGCGACCUCGUCCGGAGAACACUGUUGAUUCACGGUGAAUUUAUGGUGAACGAGGCACUCGAGUUGCUCGUUACAUCCCUCCGGGGGCCUCUCGGGAGCGGGUACCCAUCAACCCGACCAAGCCUGAUGGCUGGCCAUCGUGCUCGAAAGGGGAAACCCGUAGUGGGAGAUACCGUGGUAUGCACAUA